UUACUAGUAACUGAAAAAUCUCAAAAUCAAGAGCGCAAAAAAAAGCAAAUGGCAUCAUCAUCAUUUCCUUCCACUCUCCAACCAAAAUUCUCCCUCAAUAAUUCAUCAUCUCCACCUCCUGCUUCCAUCACUCCGCAGCUCAGGCGCCACUUCCUUGCUGGCUCCGCACGAACCAUUGGAUGGUGCAACCCAACCAGAUUGGGCCCCACCUCCGGUUCCCGAACCACUUGCUGGUUCAGGUUCGGCCAAAACGGCGUCGACGCUGAAGGCGCCGGCAUCUACGGCAGCCAGGCUCGCGACGACUUCGACCGCGACGACGUCGAACAGUACUUCAAUUACAUGGGGAUGCUGGCGGUGGAGGGGACAUAUGAUAAGAUGGAGGCUCUUCUGCAGCAGAAGAUCCAUCCCGUCGACAUUUUGCUGCUCUUGGCCGCAUCCGAAGGCGACAAGCCUAAAAUCGAGGAGUUGCUGAGAGCUGGAGCUGACUGCACCGUCAAGGAUGCCGACGGCCGCACUGCCUUGGAUCGGGCCGCCUCCGACGAAAUUAGGGAUUUCAUUCUAGGCUUUUCUGUUCAGAAAGCCUAAUUCUUCUUCCUCUUAUUCGUAACUUUUGCACUUAUCUAUGCAUUCUAUGUGUAUUGUUUUUUCGAGUUAGUGUUCGAUUUGAUGGAUUAAAUACGAGACUUAAUUUUGUGAUA